UUACAUUUGACAGCGUGUUCGCACAACAGAUGGUAGACGAAAGUUCUAUAUUAUAAGCUGUUCCAGCAAUCCGUCUCGUAAUUCGUCUGGAUUUUGAAUUGUUGUGGAUAAUUACACACCCCGAUAUUGUUGUCUUCUGUCAAUCUGUUAUAGAAAAUGGUUCGAGGUCUAGUAGUUAUUCUGUUGGCAUUGACAUUUAUCCAAACGGUAAACGCAAACGCAAGUCUAUGCAAGGGCAAAAAAAUCUAUGAUCGUUGUGGGACUGAAAACAAAGGUACUUGUGUGUGUUCUGACCGAAAUGUAAUCACUUAUUCCAAUUCUGGUGAAACUUCCUGCAAGAAUAUUGUUUGCAAAAUACACAUGUGCUACAGUUACUCAGGUAGAGAUGCAGUGCCUAAAAUGGGUGAAAAUGGGCAACUUCUGAAUUGCAACUAUGAUGCAGAUUGUGGAAAAAAUUUCGUGUGCACGCAAUAUAAUUAUUGUUGUCCUAUGCCAAAGGGCAAGCACUCUGAUUUAUUGACAGAUGAUCCAUAUGGAAAAUAAUCAAAACCUAACAACUGUUACUUGCUAUCAUAAAUGCAUUGACUUGUAACAAAUAAAUAAAAUAAAUAAAUAAAAAAAGA